AGAGCCAAAACGCGACCACACCUACGACCGACUGGGCACGCAAAGACAUUGAGCGCGCGUGUGGUCAGCAUUCACAGCAGCUCUGGCGGAGUGUAGCAAGACGUAUCUGCUUCCAUGUCGCAAGCGCGACCAUACAAUGGGGUGCCUGAGGAUAAAUCAGAUCUACAGGUCGUCGUAGAUGGCAUCACAGACUUUGGUCAGCGCGUCACGUCCACUGCAUCAGCUUGGAUCAAUCCAUCAUCGACCAUUGUUAAAGAUAUCACUCCGCAUCUCAAGCGGCCAUCUUUUCAAAAGCGAUUGCUAUCGAGCACGUCGCCGUCCGAGCUUCUGCGCACCAACCUGUCGCCUAGCGAGAUUUCCUACCGUCAAAUCACAUACCUUUCGGAGGAAAUGCUUCGUGAUAUACCUGAAGAUGACGGAUCGCAGUCCAUUUCCUUAUUUCAAGGAUUCGAAGCAUCUCUGCCAGAUACGCCGCGGAAAUCGCUUGAACGCAAACGCAUCUCUCAUCACAGCCAUCGCCGGUCUUCCUCCAUUCAAGGUCGGUCGUCCUCAGUCAAUGGCAGAAUCAGACAAUCGAGGACGCCGGAUUCUGCAAAGUGGGAGAAGGAGAGAGACCUGACGAACCACAAGCUCGAGGUGCUAGGUGUGCGGAAAGCACUCGCGUCCCAGGAAAUCAAGGAGAUUGACGGCAAACUUGCGAAGCUGAACAGCAUGCGCUCAGAACUCAUCGCCAAGCUUGAACAAUUCGAGAUUAUGGAGGCGGAGACUGUGGAUGAGUUGCAAGAUAUUGAGACAAAACUCGAGGAGGCCAAAGAGGUGGAGGAGCUCGCUGAGGUUGCGACACCAAACGGCGUCUUGACUCCGCCGUCCGUCAUUGAGGAGGAGGCUGAUUUUCUCUCACAAUCAACAUAUGGUUCACUAUCGAGUCACUCCGCUAAACAGCAACGCAAGCGGAAAGCCGCUCGCCGACGCUCAUCACCGCUCUUGCACCAGCAUUUUGAAUCAGGGGCGCUGAUCAAGGCAAUGCCCGCUCAUGCAGACAUUAUCACUGCGCUUGACUUUGACUAUCCCAUGGGAACCAUGGUCACCGCUUCAGUCGACGAUACUGUCCGCGUAUGGAAUCUAGCGACUGGCCGAUGCCAAGGUCUACUCGAGGGACAUAUCGCCUCAGUUCGUUGCUUACAGCUUGAAGAUACGCUUGUUGCUACCGGCUCUGCAGAUGCCAGAAUCAAGCUUUGGGAUCUAGGGCAAUCCGAUCAGUACGCGGCAGUACCGCCAUCUGCUGUUUCAAAACUCAUCAACAAAAAUCGAAAUGAGAGUGCAGAUGAUUUGAGCCAGACUGCGACUGCAGGCGGUCGAAGCAGUCGGCAGUCCAAUACAGAUUCAACACAAUCGGUCGAUUGUUGCGUAUACACGUUUGAUGCACAUGUCGGCGAUGUCAGUGCUUUGCAUUUCAUCGGUAGUACGCUCGUGAGUGGAUCUUCUGAUCGAACUAUUCGGCAAUGGGAUAUGAAUACGGGCAAGCUCCUCCAAACUAUGGACAUCCUCGCAUACUCACCGCGCACCACAUUCACCGUAGAUCAAGCAGCCUCGCCUCCAGCAGAUUUUGUUGGCGCAUUGCAGUGCUUCGAACAAGGACUUGCAGCUGGUACUGCAGACGGUAUGGUCCGCUUUUGGGAUUUGAGAACAGGGCAAGUGGCAAGGGAAUUACAAGGUCAUACGGGUCCUGUGACGUGUCUUCAAUUCGACGACAUCCAUCUUGUGAGUGGUAGUUUGGAUCGAAGUGUGCGGAUAUGGGAUUUACGCACAGGAACGAUUCAUGAUGCGUAUGCGUAUGAAAAGGGCAUUCAAGAUUUGUGCUUUGAUCGGCGCAAGAUUGUCACUGCGGCUGGUGAACGCACUGCACGGGUGUACGAUCGAGUGGAAGGCCGGCAUUGGCCUUGUGGUGAAGAGGAUCCAAAUGACUCCGUCGUUUCUGUUGUCAGAUUCAAGGAAUCGACUUUGCUGGGUGGACGCAGUGAUGGCACAGUCUCCAUCUGGUCGCUAUAGAGCAUGGAAGCAUCAAGUUUGUAAUGACACGAGAUACGAGUAUGAAAUUGCCAACGCUAAUAGAGACAUUGAAAAGAAAGAGACUAGUCGACAGAGGAAGCAGAGUCUUGAGCAUUGGAAC